AUACGCGAGAAUAGCAGCACCUGGAUGAGUCAGAGAAUGGCGUGUUGUUUAUGUUUUAUGGCGGGCGUAGGAGAAAACUGUUAAUCAAAUUAUACAAUUUAUUAAUCUAUAAAUCUUAUUAGAAAACAAUAUGGAAGAUUUUACAACUUUAAUAGCUAAUUAAGGAUGAUUCGUAAGAAGCGAUAUACGUUUGAUAAAAAGGUGCCGGCUAACAAGGACUGUUGGUUAUACGAUUUCGACGAUGGGCUGAUACUGACGGAAUAUAGGAACGCCGAUCGCGAUAUCAUGCCGAAACAGAAUUUCACGAACGAUUACAGCGGAACUAAACUGACUCGUUACCAAUAUCAUUCGUCAGAUGGAUUUCUAAAUCGGACUACGAGUGAUGACGUCAACCUGUCCAGAUCCCAUAUGACUUUUACGACGUUUGGUAAACGAAAUUCACACGCCUCCGAUACAUCUAGUGCUUACAGUGGUUCAGACGUUAUGCAAAGUUCAAUAAGUGGAGAAAUAAAUGCAGAUCUAUCGGGAUUAAGCGAAACAUUAGUCGAUUCGGAUGAAGAAGAGAGUUACUUAGAUUUCGGCGAAACUUCUCUUAUGCGGGAUAAUGUUAGAGAAAUUUUGGAAAAAGAGAGAAAGGAACGAACUGAAGAAGAUAUUGACGUUUUACUCGAAAACUUUCAGCACCUUCCGGCCUUUGCCAACAUGACUCUAGCCACAAGGCGGGAGCUUUGCAAGGUUAUGGUCUUUGCAGUUGUAGAAAAGUCAAAUACUAUUGUUCUGCAAAAUGGGGAACAGUUAGAUUCCUGGUCUGUGAUUCUCAAUGGGCACGUCGAAGUUGAAAAAAUGGAUAAGACCAUAUCUCACUUGCAUAUGGGAGAUAGUUUUGGCAUCACACCAAGUCGCAACGUUCAAAAACACAUUGGUAUCAUGAAGACAAAAGUCGAUAACUGCCAAUUCCUUUGUAUAGAUCAGGAAAAUUAUUAUCGGAUACUCACUCAGGGAGAACAAAAUACAGUUAGACACGAAGAGAAUGACAAAGUCGUUUUAGUGACGGAAUAUCGAGUAUUAGACGCAGGAUCAAAGAGCGGUUAUAUAGUAAUAAGGGGAACGAAUGAAAAAUUGAUGUGGCAACUAGUCCAAGAGCACUCAACAGUCGAUCCAACAUACGUUGAAGAUUUUCUACUCACGUGCCGCACGUUUCUGAAAUCACCUACGGAAUUGACGUGCAAGUUACUAGACUGGUUUGACGAUAAGAGGUUGAGGGAUCGUGUAACACGGGUCGUUCUACUGUGGGUCAACAAUCACUUCAAUGACUUCGAAAAUGAGGCUUGUAUGAGCGAGUUCCUAGAAAAAUUUGAAAAUUUGUUGCGACAUGAAGGAAUGAAUGGGCAAUUACGACUAUUAAAUAUUGCGUGUUCGACUAAAGCUAGGACUAGGAUUAUUAAAAUAUGCAAAUGCGAAAAAUACGAGGAUUUAAAGUUUAAAAUCAUUGGAGGCUACGACAAAGCUGCACCGAUUUUCGUCGCAAGCGUUCAAAAAAAUAGUAAGGCUUACGAGGCUGGUUUAAAGAGAGCCGAUCAAAUUUUAGAAGUAAACAAUACGGAUUUCGAAAACAUUAGUGAAAAAGGAGCGGAAGACAUAUUACGGGGUUCGAUGCACUUAUCGAUUACCGUUAAAUCGAAUUUAAUGUCGUUUAAUGAACUAUUGCAAGAAACUACCGAAACCUUCGCUGCACGGCGCUUAUCUUCAGGCAGUCGGUCGAGUUCCAGUAGCUGCGAUUCUUUAGCUCAAAGAACGAAACCAGUCGUGAGAACACCAUCUGCAGGUAAGGAAGUAGUGAAAAAGAAGGGAUUUAUUAGCAGCGGACCGAAAGCUCUGAGACUACGUAAAGCGCUGAUGAAAUUGUAUACCAAACCAAAAUCCGAGAUAAUCGAUGAUAGAGCAUCUGAUGAUGGUCGUCUCAGAAGAAGUUUAAGUUCAUCAAGUUCAAGUCGUCUCAAUUUGUCUGCCUCAAAUCCAGACUUAUCCUCUCUAUGCCUUGACGAUAGUGAUAUACGAACCGUACAUGAUUCCGUUAUAAAAGUGUUCAAAUCAGAUCAAACAUUCAAACUAAUAUGCCUCAAUAAGCAAACUACAGCACAUCAAACCGUUUUGGCUAGCUUAAAGCAGUUUGGAAUCACGGAAAACUGUUCGAAUUAUUCUCUAUGUGAAGUAACUGUCGAAAGCGAAGACGUUGUUAAGCAGCGGCGUCUACCCGAUCAGCUUACUAAUUUGGCGGAAAGGAGCUCGUUAAACGGCAGGUACUAUAUUAAAGAAAAUUCAGAAACUCAGCCUCUCAUUCCGGAUGAACAAAAAUACGAGCUUUUGGCCGAAAGUCGUUCGCCACUCCUGCAGUUACAGGCGGCUGAAGUAGCGGCACAAUUGACGCUUAACGACUUUCAUUUGUUCCAUCAAAUUCAAUCGACGGAGUAUAUUGACGAAUUAUUCGAUCGGUCUAGCCGCUUUGGGACGCCGAAUUUAACACCGUUCGUUCGUCUCGUAAAUAAGGAAACAUACUGGGUAGUUACUGAAGUGUUGAACGAAUCAAAUCUCAUAAGAAGAGUUAAACUUCUAAAACACUUCAUUAAAAUUGCACGACACUGUAGGGAAUUAAAGAACUUUAAUUCAAUGUUUGCUAUUGUUAGUGGACUAGAUCAUACUCAUGUAACUAGACUUCAUUCAACUUGGGAGAAAGUAAAUCACAAACAUAUGCAAUGGUUAGAAGAAAUGAAAGACAUUUUAAAUCCGAUAAGGAACUUUGCUAACUACCGCAAUAUAGUAAGUAGCGAGAGGGUUCAACCGCCUAUGAUUCCGUUCUUCCCUCUACUGAAAAAGGAUUUGUCUUUUAUCCAUUUGGGAAACGACGAUAAAGUGGAUGGUUUGAUCAAUUUUGAGAAGAUGCGUAUGCUAGCUAAGGAAAUCCGCAAUGCUUGUAACAUGGCAACAGUUCAUAGCUCAUUGCAACCGUUAUUCUUCAAAGGUCAGCCAGCCUCAACAGCACAUUCUGACAAAAUUUUUAGCGCCUUUGGUUGCCGGGAUCAAUCUACAAAUUCUACUCCAACUGUGGCAACCCUAAGACGAAAACGAAGGUCAUCAUCAACAAUUAACUUGAAGAAGAUGUACGACGAUACGUUAAUGGUUAGGAAAUCAAGAGAUUACUUAAGCAAGAUAAAAGUGAUAGAGAAUACAGAUGUAUUACGAGACUUGUCUUUUCAAUGUGAAAACAAUCAAGGAUCCUCACAGAGUCUAAAACGAGAUCAAGCAUCCUCACCAAAUCUGGCUCCUCAUGCUUUCGGAGUGGAUAAUGUGGAUAACGUAAACAAAUUAAUUAGCCUCCGUUCCAAGACGAGACCUCAUAAUGAUAAACACAAUCCAAUACCGAGGCAUGCUUUAUCGCCCCAGGCUAAUCAUCGUCCUCCUCCUCGUCCGCCUAAAACGACAUCGAAUGAUUCCGAUUCGGGUAAUAACAGCGUGUCGAGUGUAGAAAGUCACUUUUCAGAAAGUAGGUUAAAGUAUUUUCUAGUAUAGCUCUUGCUGUUUAUUAAUGGGUAUAUAUAUAGCACGACAAGAAAUCAGACCUCCCCUACCUUCCUACGACGAUGCUGUCAAGCAACUUUCGACUAAUAGUCGUUUAUCAGGUACACAUCGACACUUUUUCUACGCUCUGCUAACGACGACAAGUUUUUUGUCUUUUUUUAAUAUGCAGAAAAUUGUAUAUUGUAAGAUACAUACAAAUAUAUUGUAUGUUGUAUAUACACCGCUGUUUAAUUUAAUAUAAAGAACUUGCGCAAGGCUUCUCAUAGAUUUUUUUUAAUCAGGUACUAAGCGCUGCACUUCAAGACCCCCUCUACCUCGUUAUGAAGAUGCCAUCCAUCAACAGCGGAUAGCGAAAAAUAUAGGGUCGCAUGGGUCGCAAGCAUCCUCAACUACUAACUCAAAAUCACCAAUGCGAACACCAAUUAUGGAACGGUUGAAAGCGUCUAGACUCUCAAAACCUUAGUCGUAGGUAAAGUUUUUGCCGAUAGAUGUCGUUAUCAUACAAAAUUUUCUCCCCUCCUUCUCUCAUCCCCCCCCAUACCCUCAGUUCGUCCUUCUCUCUACGACCUUGUCAAUUAUUUAUUCGCACUUUCAAAAUUGAAAACGGCUAUUGCACAAAACACAUACUAUUUAUUUAUCUAUUUAUUUAUAUAUCAAUUAUAUUACAUUUCUAAUUAUACCUUUUAUUUCGUUACAGUUUAUGAAGAAAGAAUAGCAUUCGUUUAGUAGGAAGUUGUUUUUUUUUUUAUAAAGUUUAAAUGAAAAAGAAAAAAAGGCCUGCAGUUGUGUUGAACUUCAGUAUUACAAGGAAAGCAAAAAAAACAAAGCAUAUCAUUUUAAAUAACAAAAUCAAAGUGAUUUUGCUUAGCCGACAAGCGAAAUUCUACUGUUGAGAAUUUAUCUAAUUAUAAUUUUUUUCUGAAUAUUUUACCUUUGAAAGUUAACAGUUUAUUUUUUUUUUUACUACAAAAACAU